UGCUGAACGACAACCGAAUCAAGUAGCUAUUUAUUUAAUAUUGUGAUUAUCCAGGCGACUCAGACUGUGGGAAUGGCGAGUCAGUUACAGGGAUCAUAUGAAGAACAAGAAGAACGGAAAAACGAAAGCGAAUCUCUGACCCUAAUCGAUUUAGAUGAUAAUGAUGAUGAUGAUGAAAGUGCUGACUGUGGGUUUGUAUCGCCAAGGCAACUAACCAAGAUAAAUUUCCGGUCCUUAAUUGGUCAUACCGAUGAGGUAAUUAUCGUUGAUACGUAGUAAUCAUAGAUUAAUGAGCGCGUUCGAGUUUUCUUUGCUCCAGAUUAGCUUUUAUACCGUCAAUUAUCAUUUCAAAAUAGGGAAAAGAUCCUGAAACCUUUUUUUACAAAGUAAACAUUAUCUCGUCAAUGCUCUUCGCAUAGACGGCUUCAGAUUUCGACAUGUCUUACUCUCCCUCAAGUAUGGUCUAUAAAAAUUUGAAGUAGAUUGUAAAAAGGUUAUAUGGCAAUUUAAUGGUUAUAUUUUGUCAAAGAAUAAACAUAUCACUACAAACUUCAAAAGCAUGGUAGCCUCGAAUAUUAUAAUCCUGGCUUCUUGUGUGACACAACUUAAGUUAUUCAAAAUGGCACAGAAAAUGCAGACGUAUGACGAAAAACACUUGCAGAAAAAGUCAUCCUUGAGUAGGCCCAGAUACAAAAUCCAGACAUUGUCUGCUGCAGUGCAAAAGGUUGUACUCAUGCAACCAUCAUUCCCUGCUUUUCACUACUGACUACGAUGGCAAUUAACAGCACAAUGUCCUUGACGUCUACCUAUAUACAUCGAGGCAACUUUAAUGCUUACAGCCAACAUGGUCAUUAGUGUUUAGUAUUUACAGCUUCGAAUGGUACUUUGGUACUUUUGUGCUAGUGGAAGUUGUCGCAUUUUUGGCCUCUUAGAGUCCAUUAAUGAGUUCAUUAUUUGAAAGCUGAAUCUUUCAGUACAAAAUUAAUGUAGUCGUAGAUUUCAGAUUCAUGAUCUCUGUAUUGCCGCAUUCAUAAUGAGCAGUGAAUUCACACGCGAGAUAUGUCCCGAAAUUUUGCCACCUCAGCUUUCUUCAAUUUGAUAUCAUAUCCAGUUAUCUUCAAAGCAAAUUUAUCCAUCUCAAGAUUUUUCUCCUGUGUUGAAUUAAGAGAAGUUCUUCAAUUCUAUGUCCUGUACUUUACUUGUACUUCAGUUGAAAAUGGUGUAAUUAUGUUUUUUUAGGUCAAUACUUGUGCAUUUUCUUCAGACUGGUCAAAAAUUGUGACUGGUGGAGAUGAUAUGCUGGUUAAGUUAUGGGACACCAAUACAGGAAAAGUUUUAUUCACAUUAGAUAGUCAUGAAGGUAAAACCUGAAAUAAUGUAGUUGUUUACAUUACAACCUAUCAAAAUGCAAUGUAUUGGCUUUAUUGUCUUCCCACUCACUCAUUCAGUCAGUUGAACAAGUGUAUAGAAAGAGGCCUUAAGUGAAUUUUGAUUUCUUAGAAGUAUUUUUUACAGACACUCUUUCUAUUGUCCUCAUACACAGUUCUUUCCUCUGUUGGAGUAGAUUGCAUGGCUAGCUGAAUGCUAGAUCAAUGUGAUGUUGAUUGCUACUUUUUGACCUCUUUCUUCUUAAUUUUCUCCGUAAUUAAAAAGGCAGUGGUGUUCAUUAUUGGCUGUAUACUGUGCACCAGGUGCCUUGGUACAUUUAUGUACAUUUGGUGCAGUCAAGUUCAAAUACCACAACACAUUAGUGAGAAUUGAAAUCACAUACAGCUAUAUAAUAUUAUGCUGUUAUACUGAUAAGCCCACACAGUGUUAUUGACUUUUGCCUUAUGAGGAUCAGUAGUAAUCAGUUGUAAUAUCAUGAUAAGUGACUAUAUUGUGAGACAAUCAGAAGCUGAUCAGCACACUGUAUGUCUAGAGAUCUGUGAACUGUAAGAAAAUUCUACCUUCAGAUAAUUUACAUAUACGAUUGGUGUUUUGUGUUUGCUGGACAGGUGCAAUAAAGUGUGUGUGCUUUUCAUCAGAUGGAAAACUGUUUGCUUCAGCCUCCUAUGAUCACACUGUCAAAAUUAUGAGUUCUACAACUGGAAAGGAACUUUACAGUCUUGAAGGUGCUGAAAACUUAAGUAAUUUUAUUUUUGUUGAGGGAAAUAUAUAUCAGUAAUAGUUUAUUAUGAUGUGUUUAAUUUCACUCUCCCGGGACAGAAAUACGCAAACUGUACAAACGUCCAUCAAUAAUUUUGUUCAUUUGUGAUAAAAAAGGUAAUUGUUAUAGAAUUGUUGUGUUUUAUACAAAAAAGGUAACUUAAUUAAUAGUUAUUUUUGUGAGCUGAACAUGGGAGAUUAAUUGAAGCAUUAGUAAACCUAUCUUGUUUCUGUUAAGUCAGGUGUAAAUUGUAGGUUAUUUAAAUGAUUUAAAAUCCUUCAUAUUUACCAUAGUUUAUUUUUUUGUAGUAGGAUAUAUAAUGUAGAUAGCAUCAUGUGUUGUUGGUGGAAAUAAACCCCUGCAACCAUCCUGGUGGUUCAAAUUCUGCUUUAGCAAGUAGCUUAAAUUGCUCUGGGUGCAGGCUGCAUGGUAAUGCUUGAAAGCAGCCAGUUUAUGUGUUCCGUGAUCUCCAUAACUCUUCAGAUCCUACAAAAGCCAAAUCCAAUAAUAUAUAAUUGGAUUUGGCUUUUGUGGGAUGUGAAGAGUCAUGGAGAUCACGGAUGGUGUUGUCCACCUUGGCCUCAGCAGAUAAUACCCUCCUCCAUUCCUAAUAUGGUUUCCACUUUGGCUCAUGGACAGUGACAAAACUAAACAUUGGAAUAACAUUGGAAUAACAUAUUGUUCUAUUAUUCAUUGAUAAUAAUUUGUAGUAUAAAAACAAGGCAAACAGCAUGCUUAUCUCAAUCAAUAUCAAGUUCCCUGAUCUUCAUUUGCCAGUUUCUUGGUAGUUCAUGAUGAUAAAAUUAAUAAAUAUAUGUUUAGUUCUGUAGAAAUUAUUCUCCAAAUAGCAGAUGUCAUGUGAGAAGUUGUACUCUUGCUUUUCCUGCUAUGUUUUUAGGCAGUAGUUCAGCUAUUUCUUCUUUGCAAAACAUGUGAAAUGUUCCACAAUUUUUAUUGUCCUACUUUUGCUGCACCUGCACCUGCACCUGCACCUAUCCCGUAGUCAAUGACCGUUGGGGCACCACAGACAUAGCAACCCCCUCCCUCCAUUUGAUUUUGUUUUCAGCUUCUCUUACAGCAUUGCAAAACUUCAACCAUGUCCACUCAGAGAUAUUAUUUUCCCAACGCUUCUUUUGUCGGCCCCUUCUUCUCCCUCCUUGCACUAGUGCUUGUAAAAUUGUCUUUGCAAGCCCUGAUGAUCUUGAUACAUGCCCAAACCACUUUAACGUGCAUUUCUUUACCGUGGUUAAGCUGAUAUCAUCAUAGGGCCCAAUGGCUUGCCUGAUUCUGUCUCUGUCUGCAUCGUUAGUGAUGUGAUCUCUGUAUGAGAAUAUUGCCAAUUUCUUCAGGAUGUCCGCAGUCAAUGUCCAGGUUUUGCAGGCAGACAAUAGUACCAAGAUACUAGGUAGCGCAUUAGUCUGAUCUUUGAGCUUAGAGAGAUUUGCCUGUCAUUCCAGAUGGUCUUCAGUCUCGCUAGUGCUACGGUUGUCUGUACAAUUCUGGGCAGUACUUCAGGCUUGUAACCAUGAUCUGUGACGACUGCACCCAGAUCCUUGAAGCUGUCAACCUCGUCCAAUUUUUCACCGUUGAUUCUGAUGUCAAUGCUGAUACCAUUCGCAUUACUGGUCAUCAGUUUGGUCUUCUCUGCACUGAUUUCCAUGCCAAAGGCUGCAGAGGUCUUAUCCAGGCAAUCCACUAGGGAGGCUAGUUCCUCCUUUUUUUUUUCUGCCAGGCCAUGAAUGUCAUCAGCAGCACGUAAGUUGGUAAUUGUUCUGCCUCCGUUGCUGACUGUUCCUUGGUGAUCUUCUGGUGCGUCAGUCAUAAUUCUCUCCAGAAAGAUAUUGAAAAGAGUUGGUGAGAGUAGACACCCUUGUCUGACUCCGACUGUGGUUCUUAACCAGUCUCCGAUGUCACCAUUAAGGUAGACUCCACUAGUGGCCUUGUUGUAGAGGUUUUUAAUGACCUGGAGCAGCUUGGAGUUAAUGUUAUAAAACCUCAUAGUAGACCAGAUUAGGGCUUUAUGCCAUACUCUGUCAAACGCCUUUUUAAAAAUCAAUAAAGAUGUGAUAGAGGUCUUGUUGAUGUUGGAGGUACCUCUCGCACAGUAUCCUAAGAUUAAAGAUCUGUUCUUUUGUACUGCGACCUGAUUGGAAACCUGCCUGUUUCUCCGGGAUGAUUGAUUCUGCCUGAGGUUUCUGCCUAUUUAACAGCACCUUCAGCAGGACUUUACUUGGGUGACAUAUUAGGCUGAUUGUGCGGUAGUUCUUGCACUGUUGAAGGUUGCCUUUCUUGGGAAUGGUGAUGAUAAGAGACUGGGUCCAUGGUAUGGGCCACUCUCCUCUCUGCCCAAUCUUAUUGCUGAUUUUGCGCAAGGCACUUAUCACGGCAUCUCCUCCUGCCUGUACCAGCUCUCCUGGGAUAUUGUGUAUCCCUGGAGAUUUUCAGUUCUUGAGCAAUUUCACAGCUGCUUCAUCCUCUUCCUGCAAGAUUGGGUAGUUGUCAGUGUCGGUAACUAGUGGGACAGUCAGCACCUCAGAGUCACCUAUGACUGUGUGGCUUUACAGUUCUACACAGUAUUCUGUCCACCUUUCUAGAAUGUUGCUGGUUUCGGUGAGGCAAUUUCCGUCUUUGUCCUGUAUGGUGUUGGUUUUUCCUUGUUUGGUGCUAGUUAGAGUUUUAACUAGCGGAUAUGCUUUCUUGCUAUUGUUCUUCCUGAUGUUAUCUUCAAUAUCUUGACACUGUUACCGGUAACUUCAAUCCAAGACUCUUUUUGCCUUUUUUAUGCUCUUCUUAAUUUCCUGGUUAAUUGCUCUGCACAUUCUUGCCCCUUCUGCUGUCUCGUGUCUCCCCUUCUUUAGUGCUCUUCGUUCGUCGCAUAGAUCCAGUAUGCUAGUCGUGACCCAUGGUCUUUUGACUGCUCUGCGUUUGCCUAAGAUUUCACUAGCUGUUUCAGGCAUUGCUUUAUUGAAGGAGUUUUACGAGUGUGUCCACUUCUGUGUCAUCCGCAUUGAGCAAGGUAAUUGGUGCAGAUUUACCACCAAUCAUUGCUUGGAAGACAUCUGCAACUUGAGGGUCUUUGAGCUUCUCAAGAUCAAACCCAAUCCUUGUGGGGCCCUGCACUUUUAUCUUCUUUAAAUGUAGUCGAAUUAAAAGACACCAUCACUAAAUCAUGGCCGCUUCCUAUGUCAGUUCCUGGGAAGCUUCUUGUCUUAGCAGUGUUUACACUGGUCAUGAAGCGCCUCCUAACCAUGACAUAAUCAGUCUGGUAUAAUAUGAUAUAAUCAAUCUACUUGUCCUACUCUACCGAAAAUCCUUUAAUAAGAAUGACCUAGACCAGGUUUUAUGAGUCAGCGAGACUGAACACCCCACCCAAACCGUUGUUUUCACUAAAACCGCUAGGAGCUACAACCUGGUUGAGGUCAUUGUUAUCUAAGGUCUUCCCACUCUACCAAAACAACACCUCAUCCCCAGGGCUUUUCAGCUGCUGUCCAUUUUUCUGGCGUUCAUGCUGUACUGUUGACAUCAUUUUCCAAAUAUCACAAAUUUCUUCCAAAUUUGGUCAACACUAGCUGGUUGUGAAGAAUUAACCACUGGAUUUAAGUCAAUCAGAAAUGGAGAAAUAUUUUGAAUGAAUAAUAUGUAUAAUAAUUUGCUCUACGUAUUGGAGAUUUGUAGCAGGGAAGGGGUUUGACUGAACUGACAAAUUCCUUGCCACUUAUCUCCCUUGCAAGCUUAACUCUGAUGUAUGUAAUUCUCUUUUUCUCUAAAGCAGUUACUCUUGCUCUUUACAAUAAUAAAUUUGCUAACUUUUCUUUUGUAGGACACACUCAUAGUGUGGAGACCUGUUGCUUUUCACCAGACUCUAAAUACUUGUGUUCUGGAUCAUGGGACACCUCCGCAGUGGUUUGGAAUUUAAAGGUACAUUCAUUUAACUGAUAUUUUUCACUCUCAUUCAAAACAAGAUUCACUGGCUAAAACCAGAGCCUGAGCUAGCGGGAAGGGGGGUACCUGUUGAGCCAGACAAAUCAAGACUGUGGAUGGAUUUGUUUUCUUUAGACUCAGUUAAAAUUGAUUGUAGUGACUUGCAAUUGUUUGCCAUUUUCAUGGCCGAGACAUUGGUUGGUCCACGGUGUGUGCAAAUAGUAAGCAAAAGGAAGCAAAACCCCAUAUUGAAAUUGGCGUGUAUAUGUACUAUUUGCAAGGUUCACUGUAACAUUACAGACGCCUACCAUGAUGUUGCCCUAGCAAAGGAAUGCAUCAUAAAUGCCAGGAAGGAUACAUGCUGGGAAGAGGUCUGGAAGAGAAUAGAGAAAGUUGGCCCAGCUGUCAACGUCACCAUGGUGAAACCUUGCAUUACAAACGUCUCAUUGAGCUAAUGCUGCUGGAAAUCGCGUAGAACAGAGCCCAUCAGAGUACUACAGGGUUAACGUAAAAGUAAAAAGGCAGGGUCUGUGAUCGUAAGUGAGACCGUGCUGGCUAUGCCAUGCUGAAGAGUCCUAACAAGGACGAAACAGCUGUCCAUGGCUGCCACUGCCAGGGUGAUAUGGCUGUGCGCAUGCGUAAGGUACUGGUCAUUCCCCGGAGUUGGUACUGUGUGCUUCAGUUCAUGUUGUGGUCUUGUUAACGUUUAUUACCCAUUUAUUGAUCAUGUGAUUGUGGAACUAGAAACCCGAUUCUCAGAAGACCACAAAGGACUCAAGGCAGCCCAAAAGCUAGUACCGGUCCACCUGAACGGAAAGUCAGAUUGAUGCGAUCUGCACUUACUACGGCAAGUUUAUAACUUAUGCAGAGAAAGAAGAAGUAGCCCAAUGGAAGAAGAGUUACGAUUCGGUCGCGAUGCAGAACAAACCAGAGACGGCAAUUUGCGAACGAAAAUUAGUUAACCAAACAUCAUGCAGUGUUGUGAAAUGUUUAGUGUACUAGUGCUUGGAUAUACGGUAUGUUUCAAAUAAACAGGACCUCGGAAAUAAGCACAUGUUAACACUGAAAACACCUACCUUUUCACACUUAUUAUCUAGAGGUCGAUUUUCGGAGACUCAUCUCAUGACAAGUGCUGAAAAUAGCGUUUUGGAGCGUCCAAAUUUGAAACGUUCUGGGGAGGAUACCCCCAGAACCCCCACUGACAAGAUUCGUGCCUUCGGUACUCGAUAUAAUGCCUCCCGUUGCCAAAAAAAUCUAGCUACGACCCUUCUCACUCCAAAGCUCUCUCCCUACAUUUUAGCCUGUCAGCAAUCCUCAAGUAGAGUUAACUGAACCCAUUUUCUUCGCAUCUUACGUUGUUGGCAGGCGAAGUCUCGGGAAACAAAGCUUGUGGUGACGCAACGUCUUGUGUGACUGUGUAAGCCAAUGUGCGAGUGGCAGUCUCUACUGCACACGGCGCAGAUGAAGUCGGAGGAGGGCAGGGUGGAGUUGUUUUUGCGGCGUGCGCGUUUCUUCUCAGCUUUCGUGUGAGGUUUCAAGUCUGCUCUCUCGAUGACUUCUUUCACUGUCCGUCUCCAGCAGGCACGAUCACUCGUAGCAACUUCCAAGUUGUUUGGAUCGAUUUCAAUUAAUUUACUUUCUCCUGUCGUCAAUUGUCCGUGUAGAACUUCUUUGAGGAUGCGUCGAUCAUUCAUGCGAUGAGCAUGUCCGAGCCAUCUCAUGUUGGUGACGUGGUCUUGCCACUUGACACCGAGGAUGCGACUGAGGCAUCACAGAUGGAAAGAGUUCAAGCGGUGUUCCUGUCUCGUGUAGGUGGUCCAAUGGGAACGCAUGCCUGGUUGAUGUCCAUUUUGGGCUUUUCAGUCAGGUAUUUACUUUCCCAGGCUGUCUUGGUCAAUUUGGACGUGGUGCCGGUGGCUUUGCUGAUUCUUCGGAAAAUUUCUGAGUCAAGCCUCGAGUUCAUAGAGAUGGUGGAACCGAGGUAAGUGCCUUCGACGCCUAACUCGAGAGUGUGGUCACCGAUUUUGAUUUCAGGGGCUUGGGCACUGGGCACUCAUUGGUUUUCUUGAGGCUGAUUGUGAAGCCAAAGGUUGACGCGGUGAUGAGGAUGGGCAUGCAGUCUUGUGAGGAGCACGCGGAAGAAGACUUUGCCGACAAUGCUCAUGAAAGAGAUAAUCGAUAGUUGUUAUAUUCUGAGCGGUCGCCUUGGUUCUUGUCAGGCGUGAUGAUGGUGGCGUCACGCAUGUCUUGUGGGACGGUGCCUUCCAGCAGAGACAGAGCAGCUCGUUGAGGAGCCGGACGUGGGAUGCCAGGAGCUUUCCCGUUUGAGAGAGCAUCCAUGGCCUUUCUAAGCCUUUCAAUGUUAGGUUUAGCGUCAAGCUUGUCCAUAACUGGGAAGGGGGUGAUAGAGUUGAAGGCAGCAUCGGUAACAAAUGUCUCACGCAGAUAGAGUUCAGAGUAAUGUUUCACAAUCUGUCCUUUUGUUCCUUGGGGUCUGCAAUGGGUUCACUGGACUUUGUUUUGAGGGGGAAGUUUUUUCUUUUCUGAAGGACCUAAAGCUUUCUGGAUGCCGUCGUACAUGCAUCUGAUGUUGCCGAAGUGUGUGGCUAGCUGUAUUUCGUUGGCGCAACGUCUGGCAGCCCUCUGAGCUGCAGUGCGAGCUGCGCGGAGCGCUGUCAGGGUUUUCUCACACGGGUUCUUAUAGUUUAAGAGAGCUUGUUGUUGGGCCUCAAUAAGGGACUUCAUGAGCGUUGAACCAGUCGUGACUGGGCCUCUUUAUUUUGCCGAAUUCCAACAUGGCCAAAGGGUGAAUGGCUUCCCACAUGAAGUUCCAUCUGGAGGUGGUAUCCUGACCCUGGGGGUCCUCGAGGGCUUUCUCUACCUCACUGAGAAUUUUGCGGUGAUGCUCUGAGUGCCGUUGAGCUUCUUUGGCUGCAGUCUGAUGAGUCUGCACACCAGGGAAUGAUCAGUAUCGCAGUCGGCGCUGUGGUUGCUGCAAGUAGAGAGAACGCUGCUUCGUCUGGUCAUAACUAGAUCAAGCUGGUGCCAUCUGCGGGACCAAGGAUGUUUCCAUGUAAUAUGAUGUUGCGGCUUGCAAAGUGUUGGUUAUGCACAGAUUGUGCAUGGGGCAAAGUUCCAAAAGUCUUUGUCAAUUUUCGUGCAUUCUGCAGGAAACCGUGAUGUUCAAGACAAGAGGACCAGGCUUGGUAGUCAGAUCACACGCUGGGAACCUGGUACGUACAUUCCAGCUUGAGAUACAAAGAGCUGGAGACUUCUUGUUUUUCUUUCUUGAUUUGUCCGGUGCAAGACUGAUCCACUUGUCAUGCGGCGAGUUAUUAGGCCCUAAGCACCCAUCCAGGCAAGGCGGAUCUUGGUGGGUCAGCCCCCAACUGACUGGGGGCUGCCCAACUAGAGGUAGGCGGUAGCUGACCAGUUAGACGCAAUGACUUUUCCCACGGUCGAAGGCUCUCCGCGGCGUUCUCAUCUAUAACAAUCGUGGUUGGACUUAUAACUCGUAACUACGAGCCUUCGUUGUUGUGUCAUUAGAGUCCCCCUCUCGGCCGCACUGGUGGGAUCCAAAGGAGUGCUGAGCUCCAAUUUAGCUGCAGGAGCUGCCAGAGGGGCAUCCAUUGGACUGCCAAUCCGCCGUAGGGGGCUCCACUUUGGAUAUCUGUAGGGUUUACUCCGUAACCUUGUCCUCUCCCUAGACAGCCUCACAAGGCAGUGAGGGGCCGCAUCUUACCUACAUUAUUAAAUGAAAAUAAAAGAAGUGUCCUUUAUUACAGUUUUUGGCUCGUGGGUCUGAGCAAAUGACUAAAGCACAUCAUUGGAAACUAUUUAAUGAGUGUAUGCCUAACGGCAAUAACAUUGUCUUCGAAAAAUGCAAAAGAAAAAAUGAAAAAUUUGAUUAGCUACCUGUAGGUCAGUACAACUGUAGUUAUAUGUCAUAUAUCAUUAGAUACAAACUUAAAUGAAGCACAAUGUGUUUUCUUACUGAUAUUAGACAGGUACUGCAGCAUUUGUUUUGGAUGGUCACAGAAAUGUUGUGCAGUCUUGUGCAUUCUCUGUCGAUAGCUCAACUGUGGUAAGUUUCAGUUGCCCUUGACAUAUAAUCUUCAAGUGUUUUUUAAUGUCCUUUUGGAUUUUUCAAUUCCGUAUGACCAACCAUGAUGUAAUUGAUGUUUUAAUUCAAGUCAGAAGUUCAUGGCUAUAACCUGCAGUUAAUGUCAGUGUUGAACAAGAGGUGAUAUAACCAGUCUUGCUUGGUUAUAUCAUUUAGCUAGACUUCGUCAAUCCAGAAAGACACAAAAGGUUGGGUUUUUCUUAUUAAAAUUUCUGGAACAAGAAACAAACAACAGAUUAUUGAAAAGAAGAGUUAUUUUUCAAGAUUUUUUUUUAAAUGAACAAGUAAUAUCCUAACGCAGUUUUAUUAGAGCCAAAUGUAAGCAUUAUUUUACUUAGUGGCAGACAUUAUCAUCAACGCUGUUAAUCUCCUAAUAAGUGGUAUAAUGUAUUUUGCUUUUACCAGGCAACAGGCUCUUGGGACUGUACAGUUCGUUUGUGGCCUCUAGGUAAAGGUAAAAUGGAAGUGAAGUGUUUAAAGGGUCAUUCAAGUAAUAUUCACGCGGUGUCAUUUUCCCCUUCAGCUUUACUGGUGAGUAAUGCAUGGAGCCUGUAUAAAUGGUUAAAAAACAGAUGCGCUUGUAUCUGGUGAUCCUAAAAUCAUCUCUAGCACAAACAAAAAAAUACCUUGUUUAUAUCAUAGCUUCAGGUUUGCAAUUACAGUUGAGUGAGAUUGGAUGAAGAAAUAAUUGUGAGAGUUAUCGACAUGAUUGAAGUUAUUUCCAAAACUGGCUUGAAACACUGAAGAACUGUUGACCAUAAAGCCCCGUGCAAACGGACGCAACAUUGUUGGGAGUUGUUGCGUCCGUUUGCACGUAGCUAAUAGUUUGAUCGGUUUCAAACUUGUCGCAACAACUCCCAACAACAUGCAACAGGGUGUGCAAACGGACGCAACACGUAUUUUUUGAGUAAUUUUGUUGUGACUGUAGGCGUCCGCCUCAUGGGAUUGCACUGUCCGAGUUUGGCAGUCAGAAUUAGGAGACUUGUUACAUGUGCUGGAAGGACACACUGGCUGGGUUCAGGUACACUUACCCACAAUUACUGUUAAUAUUCAGACUCGAUGGAUUUUACAUUUCACUCUUAGUAAAAUUCCUGAAAGUUGAUAUGACCAUCGCAGUUGUAUUUGGAAAUUAAACACGGGGUUGUUGCUGUCGGGCUUAAUUUGCAGGAAUAAAUUGCGAUUACUGUAAUGUUAUUGAGAGGCGAAACAGGCGAGAACACAACAGCUUUAAUCGAGCUAGUACAAGUACAAGGAGCACAUGGUAAAACAUCCCGCCCGCUAAGACUAACGGGACAUCUAAAGCGAUUACAUCACAAUUACAACUUUGAUUGUUCUAUAUUGCUUUAGGUUUAUACUAAUCCCUGCAGUUCACAUCAUCUUCAUUCAAAUUUGUUUUAUCGCUUUCACGAUUUUCAUGAGUUAAGAUGAGCUCAACAAAUUGGCCUGUUUUCCAGCGUAAAGGUCUUUAUAGCUUAGUUGGUAGAGUACUGCAGCAGCAACGCAGCGGCCUUGGGUUCCGGGAGGGACUUACCGUUUAUUUGCAAUUGCUUAAUGAUUAAGCAAUUACAAUUGUAGUCAUAGUUAUUGUGAUUACAAUAGCCUGCAGAAUGGGCGCUUUUUGCACUGGUUUCAGGGAAACACGAACCGGACGGAGCACGAGACACGACGGAGAAAGGCGCGGAAAAACGUCCCCCACUUCGGGCGUGUCUCGUGCCUGCCUGAAAAACGCGUAAAAAUAGCGCCUGUUCUGCAGCAGACUAUGAUUACAAGUGCGAUGAUCAUAUGUUCCUUUUAUACUCCUGCAGUUCAUAUCAGCUUCAUUCUUUUUUGACCACAAUUAGAAAAAAAAUACAAGUGCCUUGUAGCCCCAAUGUCCUUAUUGCAUUUCAUUCAUUUAUUUAUUUAUAUGCUAAUGAUUUUUUUAUAUUGUAUGCAUGUUUUACAUUUAUAUUUCUUAUUUUCAUCUUUGACAGGCGUGUUCAUUUUCAGCAGACGGAAAGCUACUUGUUUCCGCUUCCGAUGAUCAAACGGUAGUCAUGAAGCAUUUGUUGCUUUUUUUUUUUCACUUUUUUCUUGCUCAGUACUUUUUUUCAGUCCUUGCAUCCUGUCGGAACUACAGGGAACUACAGAUUUGAUUUGUAAAUCAAUAAAUAUCACGCCAAGUGAACAUUGUUUCUUUCCUUCUUCCCUCCUUGGAGCUGUUUUCACUGAUCUUAAACGUUCCCAUGUGUUUUUUUAGGUCCGUUUGUGGGACAUUGAAAAUGGAAAGUGCAUAAAAGAACUUGAGGUGAAGUAGUACUUGUAAGCGAAUGGCUCAAUUUCUCACCAGCUUUGUCGAAGAUUUCUCAUUAUUUGUUCGAAUUAAAUAUUGCACUGUGAUGUACUCCACUACUGUGGGAGAAGUAAAUGAUUUGGCCCCAUUCAGGUGAUCAGUUGGUUUAAUAGUGAGUUUAAGGACGGUGAUUUUGAUGUAUGACGUAUCCUAGAAAAAGAGUAGUCACGCACCAGUUUUUGAACUCACAAGUAUAUUCCGUACACUGUAAACUGCUUACUGUACACUCUUGAACAAUGUCUAGACUCUAAGUCAUAAAACCUGGUAGCUUAUUCGGCUCCACCUUGAUGGUUCUUAGUUUUACUAUAAUACCGCGUGUUCGCAUAUAUACUUUUAAAAUGUCUUCAUGGGAGUUAAUUACCACUACGUAGCGCUAUUUUAACAUGACCACGCUGUAACGCUAUUACUUUAGGCGGAAUGCAAAACAGACGUGAUAGAGCUUUUUCGCCGUAACUUUACAUUGAAGGGGCGUCUUACAUAACAUCCGCAGACAGUACAGACUCUUUCAGUAUUUGCUGUCCUCCGGGUAAUCGCCCAAAGUAAGGACACUAAACAACUAGCCAACUAAGCGGUCUGAUGGGCCGUUAGCACGUGCCAUUCUAUUUGUCGCACGAUGCGAUGACUGACCUUGGUAGCAGAGCCUGUCUUCAGUUCACGUGCUCUAUUUGGCUUCCGUGUCACUCAAGAAUAAACCAAACUGAUGAGGCUGCUCGUAGGGUGCUAAGAAGCCUUUCUCUUCUCGUAACUGAUAUUUUCUCCAUUCUCCUUCUUUUACAGUGUGACACGGACGAGAUUCAUACCUGCUGUUUCACUCCUAAUGGCUCAGUAUUCGCUUCAGGGCCAGCGGAAGCCGAGACAAGCAUUUGUAUUUACUGAGUUAUAAUCAAUACGAUGGACAUAGAUGAGAAGUGACAAUGCUGAAAGGCCGGGGCAUCCGUGUGUACUGUACAGAGGUGGGGAUUGUAAGACGUUUCUUGUCGCAUUUUUGGAACCGAAAGAGUCCGUAAUAGAAUGUGUCCAUUUUAUU